AUGAGCAUCAGGUCCCUCGCAGAACAAACAGCGGAAACUCUCCUCGUCGCCCUUUUUGUAAUCGGCUUGUGGUUCUUCUGGGCAGCGUCGUUAAUCUUCAACGGCGUCUGGUAUGCGCUUCAUCCGACGGAGAUUGUGAAGAAAAUCCGAACCACUGGGGGCCGUCCACCAGUCGCUCUGUCCCGCUCCCGCCGCUCUCUGACCCUUCCUCUCCGGCCGCAACAUGGGGAUGUUCAACAACGAUCUUACGACCAGCUCCAGUCCCUAUUUUUCAGGAAGCUGGCUCCCGAGAUCCGCUGCAUGAUAUAUCGCGACAUCCUUGUGCCUUCAAAAGCGCUUCAUGUCUGGCGAACCCAUCGGAGACUCUGCAGCAUGCCGUGCAGGAACCUAAACCGACAGGCAGAUAUGCAAAGUGAUAUUCACAGCUCCUGUGGGCCUCCUUUGGCCGACGAUGGCACGGUGUUAAGGCGAUUGCCCGGCGAAAGCCCCCAUCAGAACCAGAUAUUACCGCUGCUUUGCAGCUGCCGCAGGGUGUACACAGAGGCGAUUGAUCUCCUCUACGAAGCGAAUAGAUUCCACUUCGACAGCCCGCUUACGGUCGAGGCAUUGCCACUGUGUAUGGUUCCUCGUCGACUCGCAUCAAUCCGAUAUAUCCGGCUUGAUAUCCAAGCUUUUGAAAAUCGGGCCAUCGUCGCCAAUGUCCUCUCCUCCUGGGAACAGGCAUGCACUGUCCUUGCGGGUAUUGAGGCGCUGGAGGAACUUGUCGUCACCCUACGCUCACUCGACAAGGGAACAUGUUACAAGCCGCUUCCUCUAGUAACUCUCCUGGGACCCUUGACAAAGAUCACUGCCUCGAGCUUUGUAGUGGAGGUACCCCCACUUGAUGAUCCAGAAAAGACUGUCGGCGGGCUGGGUGUUGUACCGUUCACACUAGAGACGAAAGACUUUCUGCAUGGAACGAUUCAUCAAUGCUCCUGGUGGGGAAGGGAAGGAGCAGAGAGACCCAGGUGGUUGCCUCCACUGUGA